CCACUUAAGAACGGUGAUGGAGUGGCGAGCGCAGUCUGCAGUAGGUUAUGAGUCUGCUUACUCAGAAGCACAGAGAUGGAUUGAGGCAGUCACUAAGAAGAAGUUUGGGAGCAGUAAUUUCCGGAAUUCUCUGGAGAAUGGACUUCUGUUGUGUGAACUGAUCAACAAGAUAAAGCCUGGAAUUAUCAAGAAAUUAAACAGAUUAUCCUCACCUAUUGCUGGCUUGGACAACAUCAACCUCUUCCUAAAAGCCUGUUCAAAGCUUGGACUAAUAGAAGCCCAACUUUUCCACCCAGGAGACCUGCAAGACUUCUCCACGCGUGUGACUGUCAAACGCCAGGAGAGCAGCAGGAGGCUCAAAAAUGUUCUGAUCACCAUAUAUUGGCUGGGCAGAAAGGCACAUGCUGAUCCUUUUUACAAUGGACCUUACCUAAAACUAAAGGCUUUUGAGGAAUUACUUGGCACAGCACUAUAUAAGGCACUAGAGGAUUGCACAUCACUGCGGGGCAGUGCACGAAACGGCACUUGUAGAGAUAGCUGUUACUCAGAGAAAGAAGAGCUCUUCCCGCUACGGGCCGGACACAGGAGAGAAGACUCUCUAGACAGCCUCGACUCGCUGGGCUCCAGAACUUACAGCACAUCCUCAGACGCUACACUCAAAGGAAGCAGCGAGGGUUGUGGUAGUGACCCCGAAGCAGAUCUGAGCUUCAUGAUGUCAGAAAAUAAGGAAUACCGCCGUUCGAUGGUCUUAACACCUAAGACCACCACUCCGUUCAAUCAGUUCCUGCCAUCAAAGGAAAAGCAGUCGGGCUAUGUUCCAGCACCAUUACGCAAGAAACGUGCAGAGCGAAAUGAAGACAACAGAAGAAGCUGGGCUAGCCCUAUGUUCACAGAAGAUGACGGCACUUUUACUAGUCAUGAGAGGGCUGGUUCAGACCCUUCAUCUAUCACUGAGUUGAAAUCCCAGACAACUGCCCACCAGUCUUUGGCCUAUGAGUAUGAGAGCAGUGAUUCAGAUACAGAUCGACCGGAUCCCGACAUGGUUCUAGAUGACCUCGCUAGCCGUAGAUUUCACAGCCCGUCCCCUGUCGCUCCGACCAACUUUGCCUUACCCAUGAGCCCGCUGGAGGGAGCUGCUGUCUCGUGUACCACCAGGCCACAGGUGGCUGUCAGUAAUGUGCCCCGGCAUUCAUUGACCCAUCUCAGCGGUCAGUCACAGCCUCUUCAGAGGACUUACAGGAAGCCUGUAUCAGCUGACGCCUGCAUUUACGAUGACUCUGAAGAAGACGAUGAGGAGUUUGGCUAUGCUGAUCCUGUUCAAGAUGACCUUUAUGCCCGUAAAGUAGGCCUGAUGCCACAAACAUCUGCCACAGUGCCUUUUGAUAAAUUUCUGCCUAAGUUCUGGACUCCUGAGGAGGAUGCACAUGUGAAGAAGAUCAAACUGGGCUCCCAGCACCGCCCUUGGUACAGGAAGAUCCAAGGUUUCAGUCACAAGAAGUCAGGUUCGUCCUCUGAAGAAUCAGAUGGUGACGCCAAUCCCUGGCUCUCUCUACCUGCUUUCUCUCGCACUCAAUCUGAACCCCCUCCCUCUCACUUCCAUGCACCUGAAGGCCUCGCUCAGUCCAGCCUCACUUCCACACCCAGUUCUCAGACACAACACCUCACGGUUGCUCACCAGAGUGCUGGGCUCUCUAAGUCAAAGCCCCCUGAUUUUUGGCCCAGACCAGAUCCCACCUCUGGCCCCAGACUCAUAAAAUGCGAAAAGCACCCCCUCCUUGGGCGUGAACACCCUAACGACCCAUACAACGUUUCUGCCGACAUCCUGCCUGAUUUGGAAAAUGACGAUAUGUUUACACGUCGUACAAAAACCUUCCACUCGAGUGAUGAUCUGGCCAAGUUGAAGUACGGUAACUUCCUGGUGCCUCGCCACAGAUCGGAGGCCGAAGUCACGGUGGUAAUUCAGCCCCGCCAUGAGGGUGAACCCAUUUAUCCUGACAUUGAAAAAGACGAUGUGGUUUUUCGAAGGGCUCAACAGCAAAUCAGUCAUUACCCUCUGUCUGGGGCCCCUGAUAACUAUUACCCUGUUCCUAUUCCAGAGACAUGGGCUUUGCCACCAAAACUGCAGGCCAAGCUAAUGUUUGGCCCAGUUGAACCCAGACAGAACAAACCCAAGUCAGAGAUUAAACAAGGAGCAGAGCAGCACAUGAAAACAGAUGAUAUGCUACUUAGGAAGCUAAAAGCUUUAAAUACCCAAGGGAUGGAGGGAAAGGGAUCUCCCAGUGUUUCUUUGUCUUGCAAUGAAGAAGAUAUGCAGAAAUGGCAAGCCAUCAGAGAGGCCAGCCGUGUGCGAUACAGGAAGAGGCUGAUGGUUGAGAGACUGUUCCAGAAAUGCUCUGAUAGUAAAGGGAGCAAAUCAGUGAGUGACAUCACUGAGAGUGAGACGAACCUCAGCACCUCGGCGGUGGAGUUGCGCUUCGAAGAGCUGCAGAAGAUGCGUACUCGGAUUAAGGAGAAUGAAGAUAAGUGGCAAGAUGAUCUUUCAAGGUGGAAGAAUAAGCGCAGGAGUGUGAAUUCUGACAUUGUGAAAAAGAAAGAAGAGCGAGAACAGAUCGAGCAGAUCACUUCAAGCGACACCAGGAAAUCAAAGACCUUGAAGGAAAUGCAUGAUGAGAGAGAGAGCCGUGAGCAAAGCAACUACAGGGACAGCUUUAACUCCAUUGAUGAUGUAUUUGAAGAACCUGUACCCCGAAGCAGAACUCUGCCAGCACGUAGCUACACCAUUGACACCCCUUACGCCCCCACGGAAAAACCUUCACUACCCUCCAUACCAUCUAUGAGAGAAAAGGAACCUGUGGCUGGCACCCUGGCAUCACAUCAGCCCGAUUUUCCUAGCAAACCUGAUCGCUCUAGCCCAGAUAUCCCACUUACAAUGAAUAACAGCAUUCAGGAGAGCAAAACAACAACCCAAAACCUUCUGGAUGAUCCAGUUCCUGCUUUCUCCUACAGCAACACCAGCCUGAUUAAGCCCACCAGCAUGAUCAAGCCCAUCGGCGUCAGUAAACCCAGCAGCGUUCUCAACAGCUCAGACUCGAUUAGCAAAACUAAGCCAGUUGAAAACUACAGCAGCACCAUUAGCUCAUUGUAUAAGCCCAAUUCAAUGGAUACAAAGCAGUCUGGGCUGGAUCAAGUUUCUGCCUCCCUCCCCAGGAGCUACCAGAGAUCAGAUAGCGCAAGACUCACCUCUGUAGUUACGCCCAGGCCAUUCGGCACACAGGCCACCCGAAUAACCUCUCUUCCCAGAGCAUUCACGAUGGAUGACUCACUUAAGCGCACCAAUGGAGAGACAGACAGCCUCAAGAAACCUACAGUUUUCAACCGCUAUGCUCAGUAUGUGAAAGAAGAUGAGGAUAUGUCCCAGGAAAGCCCUAAGCAGAGCAGUGACGAAGAGGAGAGAACCCCGUCUCCUGUCCCUCCGAUCAACAAGGUGGACUACAGUGAGAUGAGAAUCAGCCUAAACCAGAAACCCAACAGCAGCCGGGACUUUGGCUUUCAGAACAACUGGGACUCCACUGGGGUCCGUGUCAAAUCUGUAGUUCCAGGCAGCACAGCGGAGCUCGGUCAGGUUAAGGUUGGAGAUGAGAUCCUUGCGGUGAACGGGCACCAGGUGGCAGACAUGAGCUAUAAUGAGUGGAAGAGCAGUAUGGAGGAGGCAUUGCAGCAGGGAAGUCUGCUUAUGGACAUCCGCAGACAUGGCAAGAAUAACUGGGGCAGAGACCUACCUUCCCUUCCAUUUAAAAGCCAUAAGACCAUCAAUCUGACCAGUCUGGAUCCUCUAGGUCCCUCUGAGUCAUACCUCAGCACCAACCUGGAUUUCACAUCCCAACAAACCAAGGACAACGUUGUGAAAACCAUGAAUGUCAGCUCACAGCCAGGCAAUAAUUAUGGUUCAAAUGGAAUAAAUGGUGGUUUCCGUGAGGAUUCAGAGAAUAUGAAUAAUAAAGAAUCUGAAUCCAUUUCUGUGAAAAACUUAAAAAGGAGAUCAGAGUUUUUUGAACAAGCAGGAGCCCCUCAUAACCUCUGUGCUCUUCCCUCAGGCUCUGCAGGGCUCACAGUCAGUUCUCUGGUCUACCUCUGUGGUGGAUCUGAUACAGCAAUAUCGAAUCUUCCCAUGCCCUCUAUCACUACAUCCACUACACGCUGGUCCUGGGACCCAGAAGAAGAGCGCAGACGUCAGGAGAAGUGGCAGAAAGAGCAGGAGCGUUUGCUGCAGGAGAAGUACAGAAAAGACCAAGAAAAACUUGAUGAGGAGUGGAAAAAGGCACAGCAAGAUCUUGUCAAAGAGGGCCCCAAAGAUUAUGAGGAGGAGAUGGAGCUGAACAGACACAACCUCUACUCCCCUCUUCCCUCCAUCAGACAACCUACUGUUUCAUGGGAAGAGCAAGAGGCCUCCAGAUUGGCCCAGCAAGAGGAAGAAAGGAAGAAAAGAGAGGAGGAGAGGCUACGUUUAGAGGAAGAGAGGAGAAAAAGAGAGGAAGAGAGGCUGCGGUUAGAGGAAGAGAGGAGAAAAAGAGAGGAAGAGAGGCUGCGGUUAGAGGAAGAGAGGAGAAAAAGAGAGGAACAACAGCGUCUUGAGGAAAAGAAGAGAGAAGAAGAGAGGAAGAGCAGAGAAGAGGAGAGGCAGCGUUUAGAGGAAGAGAGGAGGAAGACGAAAGAACAAGAGCGCCUUGAGGAACAGAGGAAGAAGAGAGAAGAAGAGCGCCUCCUUCAGGAAAAAGAGAGGAACAGAAGAGAGGAGGAAUGGAGGCAACUGGAAGAGCAGAAGAGUUUUCAGGAUCAAGAUAAGGUGGACUCCUUUGGCUAUACCAAUGUUUACCCUGAAUUAUCCUACUCGCACAGGUCCAUUUCCAAAUCUACUCCAGAACUUGAUGAGGUUGCAAAACCAGAUAUUAAAGGUGUGUACAGCAGACACAGGGGGAUCGCAGGAUGGCUGCUGGAGGAGGAACUGAGGCGAAAGAAAAACCCUCAGAUCCAGAGAAAGGAGGCAGCGAGUGAGCUAGAGCUUGAGAGGAGGAGCAUCCUCAAUGCCAUGAAAUACAGAGACCCAGAGAGAGCAAGCGGUGGUCUGGCUGAGGUCAGCAGGGACUAUAAGAAAGAGCCUCUAUCUCGGGCUGAAUUGGAAAGGCAGCAGAUCCUUCAGGAAAUGAAGAAGAAGACUUCCUUGAACACAGACAACAGCUGGAUUCGCCAGGAGACCUCUGCCAGUGUCACCGCCAAAGAACCGGUCGAUCUUCCCAUUAGGAGGGGCGAGUCUCUUGACAACCUUGAUUUGCCUCGUUCCUCCUGGAGAUCAUCAUGGAGCACAUCUAACAGCACCUCGUCCAUACCAGACUACAGCCGUCCUCAUUCUGCCCUCUCUGGCUCCUCGUCGUACCAUAGUGGACGUCCAGGGUCUGCCAAUCUAGAGGCUUCUCAGUCCAUGAGCUCCCUUAAGCAAUCCUGGUCUUCAUCCGCAACCACACCAGAGCCAGAGCCUCGAGCUCCACAACGAAAUAGGUCAGUGAGUGGCAGGAAAAUCUGUUCGUUCUGUAGUACACCACUGGGCAAAGGAGCAGCCAUGAUCAUCGAGUCCCUGGGGCUCUGUUUUCAUUUGAAUUGUUUCAAGUGCUCUGACUGCAGGUCUGAUUUGGGAGGCUCAGAAGCAGGAGCAGAAGUCAGAAUACGAAACCAACAGCUCUAUUGUAACUCCUGCUAUGUGCGACUCAAAACUGGGCAGCCCACAGCCAUGUGAUCUUGCUGUACUGCAGCAGAUUGAGGAAGAACCAAUCACAGACAAGGAACUGUAAACACUAAAGAGUGUGUUGGAGAUGUGAUAACCAUUGAGUGAUUCAGCCAGCCUUGAUAAUUCAAUGAACUUCUAUUCUUCCUUUUUUACUUAUGAGAGGGUGAGAUUCCUAAGGUUAUGUUUAUUUGAAAGUAUUAGUAAUUGUUUGUACAAAAGGGACGUGCAUGUACCUGAAUAUGAACUAUGCAUUUGAAAAGAUAAAUCAUACACUGUCUUUUUCAUCAUCACUGAUUGAAAGAUUCUUAUGAUUUCUUGCUGGUUAACAAAUAUUUGUAUGGUCCUAAAAGUGUUUAUAUUAAUUAAUAGAAAUAUGCUAUUUUAUUGUUAUUCCUUGUCUAGGUUUCUCCUGCAGUAUGUGUUAUAUAAGGGUUUGCUGACUAAAAUAUCCUGUUAAUAUUCCACUUCAUCUGUGUGCCUUUUUGUUUUUUGACGGGGAAAGAUAAUUAAGGAUAAAUCCGUUUAGAAUUUAUUUAAAAUGGCAUGGUUAGUAAGGAGCACUCAUUAGUUAUAUACUGGUAGCAUCUAUUUUAUGCAUCUGAGCAAUUUCUCUGCUGGGGGAACAAGAAUCUAGAACAAAAGCAGUGUACUCACUAAUAAUUGUAAAUAAAAUUUACCAAACUAUGUCA